UGGGUAUCGAGAGCAAUUUAAAAUGACGUACAGUAAUUUGGACAUGUUAGUCUAUUAUUUAAUUGGUAUUACCCUUCCUCGUCACCAAGCCCAUCAUAUAUCCGUGUGUUCAAUUAAACGAGGCACUUUGUUUAAUCCGCUGCCUCGUUGACAGCCCGCAAUCAUACGAUGGCUGUAUCCACGUUUCAAUGGAGUCACUUUUUUCUUUUUGAACACAAUUGCUUAAGAGCACGUUUUUUUAUGGGGGGAAAAGACCCAAACACCCUUAAAAUCUUGUGGAACAUCCAAAAACUCAACCAUUUCUUUUGUUUCAUUCAAUCAUCGAACCAGGAUAAAAAUACAUUAUUGUUUAAAGAUAGAUCCGCGCCACUUUGGCAUAUUAAGACACAGCUUCAAAGUCUCAUAUUCCAACAUGUGAAUUAUCUUUUUUUUUUCUCGUUUGCAAAUAAGAAACACACACCAGCCAGUUUCAGUGUUAGUAUUACUGGAAAUAAAAUCACUAUAACUGGCAAUCGUUUUAACGUUGGUGUAAAGUUCUUUAUAAAUUGUAUUGGAUUGCCACUCAACCCUGGGAAGAAACAUCCUCGCAAAACAAAAGAAGACCAUGGCCACCGCAAAAAAAAAAGCAAAAGAAACGACAAUUAUUUGGAAAGAUUGGCUAGAUUUUCUGCAAAACGAAGGAGUGGCCAAAAUUUCAUCCAUAUAUUCAAGAAAACCACGGGGCCGUCAGGUUCGGAAAGGAUGAUAGACCUCGGUGAACAAAUACAAUUGGAUGGUGUUGAAGUUGGCGUUCAUGCGUAUGAUCUCCGCGAAAGUCGUGUUUUUCAUGAAAAAACAAUAGUGGAUCGUCAAGACAGCCUCAAGUCUAAGCUCAAGAUUACAAGAUCGGUGCUAAUAUACAGUGUCCUAAAACUGUCACGGAUACUCAGAGUGUCUUUAGAUCUAGGCUGGGCUUACACAAAUCUAGACAAAAUAUUGCCGAGCUUGAUUCAAUAUGUAUCCUUUCCUCAAGCUUAUGUCUAAGGCACUGUUUGAAUCAAGGGAUUGAGUCUGGGCCCGAUUUCACAAUUGGAGAAGCGCCAUUAAAAUUCAUGGCUGUCCAUCUCGAC